AUGCCUCUAGACAGACGCCUAGCUCUGGGAAUCGACCUUGGAACGUCAUGCGUCAAGCUGAGUUUGAUAGACAUCCUUACAGAAGAACAGGAGUUCGCAGUGUCCCGUCCCCUCCAAGGCAUGCGUGGAGAGCGAUGCAGUUGCAGCAACCUGUAUACUUGGAUGGACAGACGCUGUACUCCCGAGUUUGUAUCGUCCCUGCCGACACCAGACUCCAGAAUACCAAUCAAAGUAGGCAUGGGCUGGGUGACGCUGCAGUGGAUACUAAAGCAUCGUCCAGGACUGAUAGAGGAGAAUGGUUACGACUGCGCGGGGACGAUAGUCGAUUACGUGGUAGCUGGCUUGUGUAAUAACAAGACAUCUAUAACAUCUGAGCUACUAGCCUACAGCUUUGGAUACUUCAACACCAAAUCUGUGUCCUGGAACACAGACAUAUUAGCCGAGGCUGGCUUUCCUGUUCACAUGCUACCCUCGCUCGUUCCGAGCGGUACUGUAGUCGGGCACCUGCCCCGACCCUGGGGCCACAUACAGGAAGGGGUGCCAGUAUAUGUGGUUACGAUGGACACCCAGUGUGCGGUCCACUCGGUACGACCCGGCGAGCACGAUGCAGUGUUCUAUAUCGGAACGUCUUCUCAGCUGGGCUAUGUCAUUACUGACCCCGACUUCGACCCCAGCAAGCGUCCUCCAGACACGCCCCCAACCCUAGAAUAUCAGCCCUACUUCCACGGAGGACUCUAUGCAUCGUGUAACGGGCUGGACGGGGGCAAUGUAUUGGAGUGCUUCGUCAGGAUGCUUUACAGCUGGUUUCAGGACUUUGGGAAACUAUAUGGAAAACUGCCUCAACUCGCCCUUGAUGCAGAAAACACCGACCUAGAAAUAGACCCCAGACUGUUCGGAUCAUAUUUCCAACCUUCACCUUCCUGCAGCGUAAGGGGGGAUAACCCCCGACAACAUAACUCUAGAAAUUCCAACAUCAAAUCAGAUUGUUGA